AUGCCACGGCCACUUCUUGCAGGCUGCUCCCAUUCCCGAGGCCUGAAAGAGGAGGAAGAAGAAAUCCAGCCCUGUUACCACCACCACAUGUCACCUCCUCCAGACCACGUCAAAAGUCAUAUCAGCUCUGGAGAGAAUCAGAUGAAAAAUUUGAAUGACCCACCCACAUUUUCUUUGAAAGGGAUGGCUAAAAACAAGAGCCGUGGUCCAGGAAGACAGCAUGAAGCCAAAAAUAGAAAUUACAGAAAGAAAAUAGCAAGGCAGAACCUUGGCCUUGAAGAAGUGUCUCUGUCACCAGAACCACUAGGCUUGAGCCUGGAGUUUCAAGACCCGUUGUACAAGGAGGCAACAGUUGCUAAUAAUUUGUCAGAUAAUGAUGAUGACGAUGACUGGAGAAAUAGAUACCCUUCCUCUGCUUAUGACAAAGUGCGUCUGUCCAAGAUCACCAACAUGGCCCAGUGUGAUCCAUACAAUUACAAUUCAACUGGCCUUUCGGGGAUGGAGGCUUUCCCUUUGUGGUCGUUCAGUGAUAAUGACAUGUGUAUUGGGUGCCCUUCUCAUACCAAGGCAGCUGAAACCUACGUUGCCCAUGAAGAACCUAUAGGAGAUGUGGAAUAUGUGUCUUCGCAGCUGAGCUACCAAGAGCUCAAGGAGGAAAAUUCCAUGCUGCGGAGGAAGAUCAAAAGGAUCCAGAACUUCUCAGAAAUUCAGACACAGAUGGUGAGAAACCUUGAGAGGACACUGCAAGCCACAGUGAAUAAAGAGGAGAAAGAGGCUCAGGAUUUGGAAGCUUUGGUGCAACAGGCAGAACAAAACCUCCAGUGCAUGACUCAAAGGGCUCUUAAGGCAGAGUAUCAUGUUGAGAAGAUGAAGCAGGAGAUGUCCUUCCUCCAGUCUGAGCUGACCUGCUACAAAGUAGAGAACGAAAGCCUGCGCUUGGGCCAGUCUAGCAACAUGGGGGCAGUGAAACAGCACGUUGACAUAGCUUUGCAGAACCUCCUCAGGGUCACCAACCAUGCGCAUGCUACCAUCCAUCAGCUAGUCUUUGGAGCUGAAACGCUGAUGCUCGUUGCUGACCUCCUUAAAUCUGUAGGCAGGAUGUCUGAAGUUGAAAAGGAAGAAGACAUGAAGAAACAAACUUAG